AUGAUCGCCAAGAAGAAGCCUCGAGCCCGGCGAGAAACGAACCCCAGCGGCGAUCGACAAGGGCCUAGUGGAAGCAACCGAGUUACUGGGCCGAAGAACUCUAACAUGGGGUCUCGUUUCACCGUUUUGGACGUGGAGGAAGAUGGCGAUUCCCAUGCAGCUACGUCAGGGGCUGCUGGGUCAAGGGAUAGGCGGUUAGACUCCCAAGGUAGAGAUACUAAAAGGGAGGUAGGGAAUAGAGGGCCACAUAAGAAUGCAGAUAAUUCAAAGGCAGUUAAGCAAGGGACCAAGCACGUGAGAGAAGUGGAGGGGCAGAAGACAACGGGAUCACCUCACCCUGUGGAGCAAAGUUUGGAGCCCAAUCUUGCGUUGAAUAAUAAAGGAGUCAUAUGGCCGAAUAAGGAAGCACAGACGAAAGACAUGGCUCCGGAAGGGAACUUUGAAAUGGCCCACACAAGAGAUGAUUUGGAUCGGGAGCAACAUGCUAAACCACCAGAUAUCAGUGCUAGGCUGCCACCAAAUACAGCCAGAGACGUUGAAGCAAGCAUAAGCAGGAACUAUGGGAUUGUCAACGAGAAAAUCAGUGAAAGUCACCCAGGGCUCCUCCCCUCGGAGGACUCCUUGGUGAAUGCGUGA